AUUGGCUGCACCAUCACCUCCAUACAAGUGGCGGACGCGCCGCCGCAUUUGCCAAGAGUCCCAACUCCAACAUGCUUCAGUCGCUGGCGACGCGGGCUUUCUCGACGGGAGUCAAGACCAAAUUGAAUCACCCUUCGCGCCGUGCAGGUCACCUCAUGAGACAGCUCCAUGCAGAAGAAGUUGCCAAGGCUACGGAACGCAUUGGCGACAACUUUGCCAAGUUUAAACCUGGAGAUGCCGUCGAGGUGGAACUCAUGCUCAAUAAAACGACGCAAAAGAUUCAACGCAUCAAGGGCGUUGUGAUUGCCGAACGCAACCGCGGCAUCGCGAGCUCGUUCACGAUUCGAAACCACAUCGCCGAAUGCGGCUACGAACAGAAGAUCUUCAAGCACUCUCCGCUCUUGAUGUCUGUCAAGAUGAUCAAGGAAAAGUUCAUCUCGAACGGGCAAAAGAAGGUUCGACGGGCGAAGUUGUUUUAUCUCCGCGACAAGGCGCCUCGAUUCACCACGGUGUAAUCCUAACUGCAGCAUACUCUCACUCUCUUGAUUAAGGAGCGGCAGAGGCGGCCCUUUCAGUCAGACCUAACGACGCUUCCGAGCUUUACGA